AUCUUCCCUCUCUACAGAAUGGACCGGCCCGUCAGCCUAAGGAUGUCCUGCGGGACAUGCAGCAGGGAUUAAAGGACGUCAGGGCUAAUGUUCGUGCUGGGAUAAGUGGUUUUGGAGGUGGAGUAGUUGAAGGGGUCAAAGGUGGAGUAACUGCCCUCACUCACACAGCCGUGGUCUCCAAGCCGAGGGAGUUCGCCAGUCUUAUCAGGAACAAGUUUGGCAGCGCAGAUAACAUCGCUCACCUGAAGGACUCACUUGAGGACGGAGUCGGGGGCCACUCUGAGGACACCCUGACGCCUCGUGCACUGAGCGGAAGCGCUACUCUGGUCUCCAGCCCAAAGUACGGCAGCGACGACGAGUGCUCCAGCGCCACGUCCGGCUCCGCAGCAGGCAGUAAUUCAGGUGGUGUGGGUGGAGUAGGGGGACUUUUGGGUCCAACCAUGGGGAGCCCCAGACUGGAUGGACACCACCACCACCACCACCACAUGCACAGCUCCUGGGACUCUCUUCUUGAGGGCCUGCAGGAGAUCAAAGCCAGUCAGGCGCACAUGGAGGACGCCAUCGAGGACAUGAAGGGUCAGCUGCAGAGUGACUACUCCUACAUGACACAGAGCCUGCAGGAAGAAAGAUACAGGUAUGAGCGACUUGAAGAACAGUUGAAUGACUUAACGGAGCUCCAUCAGAAUGAGAUGACUAACCUUAAACAGGAGCUCGCCAGCAUGGAGGAAAAAGUCGCCUACCAGUCCUACGAGAGAGCCAGAGAUAUUCAGGAGGCGGUGGAGUCGUGCCUGACCCGCAUCACCAAGCUGGAGCUGCAGCAGCAGCAGCAGCAGGUGGUGCAGUUGGAGGGAGUGGAGAACGCCAAUGCCCGAGCUCUGCUGGGCAAACUCAUCAACGUCAUCCUGGCGCUCAUGGCCGUGCUGCUGGUUUUCGUCUCCACCUUGGCCAACUUCAUCACUCCGCUGAUGAAGACCCGAGCCCGGGUGGCCGCCACCGUCCUGCUGACCUUGCUUCUGUUCGUCCUGUGGAAGCAGUGGGACUUCAUGGAGCCGUGGCUGCUGCCCAGCUGAGCUCCCCGAGAGACUCCGGUGGGGGCCAGAGUCACAAACCCACUGGAGGACUCAGAGACUGAGGGCCUCUGCACUCGUUCCCUUUGAGUGUGAACGCGGAGCGUCUGAGGACAAAACAUGGCACUUAUGGAUGGAUCUGGAAGUGAUCUGGCAGAGAGCGUCGAGAGCUGUUUACAGUGGCAAAGAACACACACGCUCUGAUGCCAGCGACAGAAGACGUCAUCUCAUCUCGCCCACCUCUGUUGGUGUUGAUGACCAAUCAUCGAUUACAUUGCUGUCACCAAAAACUGAGUUUCUUGCGAGAAAUCUUUGGAUCGUCUUUUUCGAAAUAUUUAUGAUACAUGAAGUAAAAAGACUAGAGCAACUUAAUAAUAAAAAAUGCUGAUCAUGUUCGCCUUCAUGUUGAAGCUUUAGUAUAUUUGAGAAGAAAACUUUUUUUUCAUGAAUGUUAUUGCUCAUGCAUGUCCUCAUAUGUGCACUAAGAUGCAUCUAGCUGGCAUGAGUUAACAUUUCAUUCAUGACUAGAUCUUCUUUAACUGCAGAUAGCUCGUAUCUCGACUCAGCGUUGCGGGUUGGGUCCACUUCCUGUGGCAGAACUGCUUUUAGACGCAUUUGUCUUUUUCUUCAAAUCGGAAAAACGGAUUAAAAAAAGUUGCUGAUAUCCGCGACAAAUUCACGGUAAUAAUUCAACCAUGUAAAAUCUGUUCCGUCCAUAAAUGCUAUUUCAUUAUCAAUAUUGUAAAACUGCUACUAUCUACAGUGUCAAAUUAACGGCAUGUCAAAUUGUAUUAAAGUUUAUAUCCAGUUUGCAAAAAAUAAUGAUCGCUGUUUUA